AUGGAUUCGUUCAUCGCCAUAGAGUGGCCCAUUCAAGUCCGAGAUGGGGCUUCUCUACUCCUCUGGGCGUCUCUAGCAGCCCUGCCCGUGUGGUAUUUGACGACCUAUCUCUUUUCCCCCCUGCGCCGGUUCCCCGGCCCAUUUCUCGCAGGGUGGACGAACCUCUGGCGAAUGCAUCACGCACGGCAGGGAAAUUACCACCUUGUCAUUCGGAAGAUGCAUCAAAAGUACGGGCCUGUGGUGCGCAUUGCGCCCAACGUGCUGGACCUGGAUUAUCCCGAGUUGAUCAAAACCAUCUAUAACGUCAAGGCCGACUACCUCAAAGUGAAGCCCCUUGUCCCGCAAUUCUACCACGGAAGUAGUGCCAUGAGCAAUGGCAAGAUCAUCUACAAUCUGUUCAGUGAAUGCCAGCCGGGGGUGCAUGCCCGACAGAAGCGGCCCAUCUCCAAGCACUAUUCCAUGACGGGGGUGCUCCCAUUGGAGCCCCAUAUCGACGAGAUGAUACAGUACCUCUGUCAAAGACUCGAGGAGAAUUUUAUCGACGGGUCUAGCGCCACCAGUGCGUGUGCUUUGGACGAGUGGAUUGCGUACUAUACUUGGGACGUGGUAGGCAAAGCUACCUUCAGCCAGCCCAUCGGAUACUUGCAACAGGGUUAUGAUUUUGACGGGACCCUGGGCAUCGCCAACGCCUCGAUGAGAUACUUCACCCUGGUCGCACAACUCCCGAUCCUAGACCAUCUGCUGGAUAAAAACCCCAUCUAUCGGAUCGGGCCUCCCGGCUUCGGCAACAUCACCAACAUCUCAAUCCAGCAUCUCACCGACCGGCUCCAGGGCAAGGACAGCCACUACCAUGAUCCCAGUCAGCCCGACUUCCUGGACAAGUUUAUCGAAGCCAAGGAGAAGUUCCCUGACGUCGUAGACGACAUGCAGAUCAUCUCCUACCUCAUGAUCAACAUGAUCGCCGGAGCGGACACGACGGGCGUUGUCCUCAACGCAGCCCUAUACUUCUCCCUGAAGCAGCCCCAAGUCUGGACACGCCUGCGUGCCGAAAUCGCCCCUCACACCGCGUCAGAUGCACCCGUCGUGUCCUACAAAACAUCCAAGGAGUAUCCUUACCUGAACGCCGUCAUCCGCGAGGCCAUGCGAUGCCACCCCCCGGUUGGGAUGAACCUGGAACGAUACGUUCCGCAGGGCGGGCUGACCCUCCCCAACGGGCAGUACGUCCCUACCGGAUCAGUGGUUGGACUCAACCCGUACAUCGUCAGCCACAACGAGUCCGUCUGGGGCGCCGACGUGGACAUGUUCCGCCCGGAGAGGUGGCUUCGGGAUGAGGCGCGCGAGACCGAAGAAGAAUUCCAGACACGUCUGCGCACGAUGAACCAUGCCGAUUUGACCUUUGGUGGAGGAAGUCGCGUGUGUAUUGGAAAGCAUCUCGGGUUACUGGAGGUGUACAAGGUGAUGGCGACUCUGGUGGCUCGUUAUGAUAUUAGCCUGGUUCAUCCUGAUAGGGAGUGGAAGGUACAUAAUGAGUUCUUUGUCCGGCAGAGUGGGAUCGAGGUGAAGCUGGCUCGUCGCACUUAG